GCUGCAGCAGAUCCUCUUGGCGCAGCGUCCUGGGGGGGGGGGGGGGGCGCAUCCUGCCCUGCCCCGCAGGAAGAGCAGAGGGCGGCGGGAGGGGGACGGCUCCGCUUCGGCCCCCGCCGGGGCUCGGCCCUGUCCGAACAGCAGCACCACCGGGCAGCCCUCCCCUUCCACCCCUCCUUGCUCCCCGUGGUCCCCCCCGAGCCGUGCCCCUGGUGAGGACGGGGGCUCCGGGAGUCCCCGGCUCAGCCCCGCGCCCCGUGUCCCGCAGAUGCCCAGCACGUGCUGCCCGCAGAGCCCCUGAGCGUGGCCGGACGCCGCGAUGGAGAGCCGCAAGCAGGACAUGGAGCUGCUGAGCAACAGCAUGGCCGCGUACGCACACAUCCGAGCCAACCCCGAGAGCUUCGGGCUCUACUUCGUGCUGGGCGUCUGCUUCGGGCUGGUGCUGACCCUGUGCCUGCUGGUGCUGCGCAUCUCCUGCCGGCCCCGCACCCACCGCCCGCCCCGGCCCCGGUCUGGCCCGCCGGACCUCAGCGAGGACGACGACGAUGAGGAUGAUGAGGACGAGGAGGAGGAGGACACCAUCGACCGCGCCGCCUCCGAGUCGCUGCUGCCGGUGACCGAGAUCCCGCUGGAGAGCCACGGCCCCGGGGACGGCGCGCUGCCCAUCAACGUCUUCGCCUCGGCUGAGGAGCUGGAGCGGGCGCAGCGGCUGGAGGAGCGCGAGCGCAUCAUCCGUGAGAUCUGGCGCAACGGGCAGCCCGACAUCCUGGGCACCGGCACCCUGGGCCGCGUGCACUACUACUGACCGUGGCGUGGUGCGGCCGGGGGGCAUGGGGAGACCCUCACCCCCUCCCCAGUAACUCGGCCGAUGCCGUGCCCUGAGACCCCACGGCACCACUGGGGGCUGAGAGCGGCGUAGGACAUGAUUUGGUGCCAGGACUGGGGAGCAAAGGGGGGGGCCUCUGGCUGCCCAUGGGGUG